AUGGAUGACACCACAAAGAAAGAUGUGGUAUACGUGGAAGACAUCGAGGAGGGAGGAGUUACGAGGGUUAAGGGGAAGGUGAUGGGCACCGUGAAGAUCACGGAGGGGACGGUGGUGUAUAUUCCUACUCCCACCGCUGACCCACAGGAUCCCCUGAAUAUGUCGGUUUGGCAAAAGUCCAUCAUUCUAGUUGUUAUUUCUAUCUUUUCAUGUCUGGGUCUCGCUUUGGUCAGUGGAUUCGGCGGACUAUUACAAUUCUACAUUCCAGGAUAUACUGCCGCGGGAAAGGACUAUGAUGAUAUUACCCAUUUGAUGACAUAUCCGACGUUGUUCAUGGGCAUCGGGAACCUCAUUGGUAUGCCAAUAGCAAUCGGCAUAGGAAGGAGAAUCGUCCUCCUAGCCUCAACCGUCGUACUCGUCCUCGGAUCGGUACUAUGCGCAACUGCGAAGACCUACGAAUGGCACCUUGGUGCCCGGAUGGUGCUUGGCUUAGCAGCCGGACAGAGUGAGGCAUUGAUUCCUAUGAUUACCCAGGAGAUUUUCUUCCUGCAUGAACGCAGCAAAGCCCUUAUGGCACAACUAGCCAUCCAGGUCACCCUAACCUCUGUAUGGACACUAUUCGCAGGCCCAAUCGCUGAGUCGAUCACACCAGAGGGAUGGUACGGGCUUGGAGCCGGUCUUGCUGGAGCACUGCUUUUAGUGGCACUUGUCCUCCUACCAGAAACAAAAUAUGACCGUCCUCUCACAUCCUACCAGGAAACAAACUCCGACCCAACGAGCACAUCUUCUGACUUGAAAAAGGACCUAGGCGCCGAGGUAUGCACCAUUCGCCCGGCCCUAGACUACGAGAGAUACGCGCCUCGUACAUGGAAAUCCGACAUGCGACUCUGGAUCGGGAAGCCCCAAUGGACAGAGACCUGGGACGUGCUAAGACAAACCUUCGAGCUCCUCUUCUUCCCGAACGUCCUUUGGGCCCUGCUUCUCAACGGCCUCACAAUUGGUGUAAACGUCGCCAUUGGCACCACCUACAGCACCAUCCUCGCCGAUCCACCCUACAACUGGCCCGACAGCAGCGCAAGCUACAUCAACUGCGGCCAGAUUAUCGUCGCUAUCGUCGCCCUCCCCCUUCUGGGCCACGGCUCCGACUACUUAGUGAAGUACUUCGCCAAUCGCAACAACGGCAUCCACGAGCCGGAAAUCCGCAUCAUCCCUCUCAUUUUCCCUAUCAUCGUUGGCACCUUCACUGCCGCACUAUAUGGCCAAGGCGGCGCGCACCCGUACGAAUACCACUGGUUCAUAUAUGCCUGGACAGUGGCAGCAUACUACUUCUGCUUCGUCGGCGCAAAUAUCGUUGGCAUUACGUACCUGCUUGAUAGUUAUCCUGGGAGAUCGGGACCCUUGUUGGUUAUUAUCUGUGCGUUUCGGGGGUUUAUUUCCUUUGGGACGAGUUAUGCCGUGUCGCCGUUCAUUGCGCUUCAUGGGUAUGAUGGGGCUUUUGGGACUUAUGCGGCCUUGACGGCGGCUUUUGGGCUGUUGGGGAUUCCGGUGUUUAUUUGGGGGAAGCAGAUUCGGAGGUUUACAGGGAGGUUUGCGAAGAAUAAGGCGGAUUGAUCAGGGGAGUGGUUACGAUGACGGGUAUAUUGUGUUUUUGUGUGCUUUCAAGUCAGCAUAUGUUGGUUUUGUUGACAUGUGUUUGUAUGUUCUUUUCUUCUAGUGGGAGGAAGUACAAUUUAAUGUAUGGACCUGAUGGCAAUGCAUGGAGUUUUGCACUGUACCAUUGAUAUGCAGCUGACUGUAGACUCCCCAAAACAGAUCUCCCUCCAGCAAUGAACGAUUAAUAAUUUGUUGGCUUUAUGAGACACAACUCUACAGCUCUUGGUAAUAAAGAGUAAGU